AUGGCUGCCGGCGCGCCGCUGGAGCCGGAGCUCGAGCCCCCUACGACGCGCAUCCGCAUCUGUGCCAUCCUAGAAGCCGGUGACGCGUUCGCCGGCCAACGCGUGGUCGUCGGUGGCUGGGUCAGGGCCGGGCGCGAGCAGGGCGGCGGCAGAUUUGCGUUCCUCGAUGUAAACGACGGCUCCUGCCUGGGCAACCUCCGGGUCAAGGUCGACGCUGGCACCACCGCGCCCCGCCCACUCGCGCGGCUCACGGCCACUGGUACGUCCGUGCUCGUCGAGGGAGAGCUCCAGGCGGACCCGAGGGCCAAGCACGGCGUCGAGCUGAGCGUGGAGACGCUGAUCGAGGUCGGCGAGGUCGACGCCGCCGCCUACCCGCUGCCCAAGACCAAGCCAGGCCACCCGCUCGACCCCGCCUACCUCAGGGAUUUUCUCCACCUCCGCGCACGCACCAACUUGAUAGGUGCGGUGCUUAGGAUAAGGAGUGAACUCUCCUCAGCGACCGAUGCAUACUUCCGGGACAAUGGCUUCCAGCGUGUGCACACGCCCAUAAUAACCACGAGCGACUGCGAGGGUGCUGGCGAGAUGUUCCAGGUCACCACCUUGUUCAGCCAGGCCGAGAAGCUGGACAAGGAGCUCAAGGAGAACCCUGCUGCAUCUCAAGUUGACAUUGAUGCCGCCAAAAUCGUUGUCAAAGAGAAGGGGGACAUUGUCGCGCAGCUCAAAUCUGCACAAGCCACCAAGGAAAAGAUCGCUGCGGCCGUGUCGGAGCUCAAGAAGGCAAAAGAGAGCGUGUCGAGAAUGGAGGAGAGGUCCAGGCUGACAUAUGGGAUCCCACGCAGUGAAGAUGGGAGCAUUGCCUUUGUGAACGAUUUUUUCAAGUGUCCUUCGUACCUGACGGUGUCUGGGCAGCUUCAACUGGAGACCUUGGCUUGUGGUCUCACCAACGUGUAUACCUUUGGGCCGACAUUCCGGGCCGAAAACUCCCACACGUCGAGGCAUCUGGCCGAGUUCUGGAUGGUGGAGGCAGAAAUGGCAUUUGCAAACUUGCAGGAUGAUAUGAACCGUGCAGAAAGCUACGUGCAAUACCUUUGCAAAUGGCUACUCGAGCAUUGCCGAGCAGAGAUGGAAUUCAUGGUCAAGCAUCAUGAUGAGGCCGCAAUCGAGCGCCUGGAGCUUGCUUCGUCGACGCCUUUGGAACGUAUUUCGUAUACAAAGGCCGUUGAGAUGCUCCAAGAUGCAGAUAAAAUUUUUGAGAACAAAGUUGAGUGGGGAAUUGAUUUAGCAUCCGAGCAUGAGAGGUAUUUGACUGAGGUGGUGUUUAAGAAGCCACUAAUUGUUUUUAACUAUCCAAAAGGAAUAAAGGCCUUUUAUAUGAGGCUCAAUGAUGACCAAAAGACUGUUGCUGCUAUGGAUGUUCUUGUUCCCAAGGUUGGUGAAUUAAUCGGCGGAAGCCAGAGGGAGGAGCGUCUGGAUAUUCUUGAACAAAGGAUACUCGAUGCCGGUCUGGACUUGGAGCAGUAUGCCAAGUACCUGGACCUGCGGUGCUUUGGAUCCGUAAAGCACAGCGGGUUCGGCCUAGGUUUGGAGAGGAUGGUCCUUUUCGCCACCGGUCUUGACAACAUUAGAGAUGUUAUUCCCUUCCCGAGGUACCCUGGGAGGGCCGAUCUCUGA